AGUGUCCUCGCGUACUCUGUUUGAUAUGGCGAAAGAAAGGAAAAUAUUCGAAGAGGAGGGGCUGGAGAGCUACGUUGCCUACCAACAGCAGCACGAGGACGAGCCAAUGAUGCCUGGUGUGGCGUUUCCGUUCGUAAAGGGGCGAUGUAAUAAUCCCAGCUGGCCAGACCCUUCCAUUCCACAACCUUGGGAGGUCUGGCACCUUCUCUGCACCUUGGUGGUGGAAUGAGCUUCCCAACGCGUUGAUAGAAGAGCAGAAAUGUUUUCCAACUCCUCCGACUGCCCCUAGGCUCUCUAACACCUCUUGCCUAGCUCUGACAUCUGAUUGAGCGUAACUGUAAACACCUGCUGUUGUUUCCAGAGCCCCCCGGGUCUGUGUGGUGUUGUCCGUGUCAUGCUCGUUGAGGUAGUUUUGUUUUUGUAUGGCUUUAGGAUAAUAUUCAGGAGGGUUAGUUUACAAGUCAAAAAAAAAAAAAAAAAAGUCUGCACUUCCUGCAAGUGUUUUCUGUCCAGGACUUCCCCCUUCUCAGGAAAUACUCCUCCUUGAUUCUCGGACUUUGAACUUGCGUAAGUCGCUCAUGAAAGUGUCUGCGAAAUGGCGGUGCAGCACUGCUGCCCAGGGGUUUUAGGUUGGCUGUGGAAGUUGGCGCACGGAUGACGGCGGUGUUUGCUUGGAACAGGCCUUGAUGACGGUGAACGCCCGUCUGCGGGAGCUUUACCCAGACGGCCAGGAGCUAUUCGACAUUGUCCUGAUGACCAAUAACCACGCCCAGGUUGGGGUACGGCUCAUUAACAGCAUAAACCACUACGAUUUAACAAUUGAGAGAUUCUGCAUGACUGGUGGAGAAAGUCCAAUUGGUUACCUGAAAGCCUACAUGACCAACCUCUACCUCUCCAGGAGCUCUGGAAAAGUGAAGGAGGCCAUUGAAGAAGGGAUCGCAGCCGCCACCAUGUUCACCGCUAACAAGGAGAACCCACUGAGCGACACGCAGCUGCGCGUGGCCUUCGACGGAGACGCCGUCCUCUUCUCCGACGAGUCCGAGAUCAUCGUGAAGAGGGAUGGGCUGGACAGCUUCUUCGAGCACGAGAAGCAGCUAGAGAACAUGCCCCUGGCACAGGGCCCCCUGAAGUGCUUCCUGGAGGCCCUCGGGAAGCUGCAGCGGAAGUUCUACGCGAAGAACGUGCGCAUCAAAUGCCCCUUGCGGACCUACCUGGUGACGGCGCGGAGCGCGGCCAGCUCGGGAGCCCGGGUCCUGAAGACCCUCAGGAGCUGGGGCCUGGAGGUGGACGAGGCCCUCUUCCUGGCCGGGGCCCCCAAGGGCCCGCUCCUGGAGAAGAUCCGCCCCCACAUCUUCUUCGACGACCAGAUGUUCCACAUCACGGGGGCCCAGGAAAUGGGGACCAUCGCCGCCCACGUGCCUUAUGGGAUAGGGCAAAAGUACCACAAGGGUAAACUCAUCCAGCAGAACCCAUAGGGAAUGUAAUACACCGGGAGGGGGGAGGGGGGAGGGCAGGCACAUUGGUUUUAAAACCCCCAUUGGUGUCCCUCUGAAGGGGUCCAUUUUUAAAAAAUCCUAGUCUCUCUUGCUACUUCUUUGAGACUACUGUAUCUACUGUAUUCUUUUUUUAUUUUUAUUUUUUAAAACCUUAAUUACCUUCUAUGGAUAUCACUCUAUAACGCAACCUUGAGCUCAGAGCAUUUAAGAACAUCCAUAGUCCUUGGCAAAAGCCUUAGCCUUGGGCUAAUUUUUCUUUGAGACAACCUUCAAAGCGUGACAGUGCAAAAAUUAGUCUGGGUUACAUUAGCCCUGCUCUGGGGCAGGCUUAUAACAGCAAUUUAUUUUAUUUUAUUUUUUGGUGAAAACUCUCAAAAGAGUUAAGGCAGCAUUCAAACCUGCUGGUUAUCCCUGUGUUGAAAAAGACUGGCAUGGUGACUCCAGCUACCCCUGUGUUAUGGAUUUCCAAGGGUUAAGACAUAUGACUCUAAUGUGCCUUUCAUGUAUUCUUGGAGCACUAAAAUGUUAUUAAUUUUCAGAACUAACUUAUUUAAACUCUCCAGGUAAAAGUUAAAUUAGCUUGUACGGUAGGUUGGUGGUAUUUUAUUCAAGGAUAAAAACAUAGCUGAUAAAUGUAGCUUUUAGAGAGGGCUGUCUCUUCUGUUAGAAGAUUAAAUUCUGUCAUUGUCCUUUUAUGGGAACUUCUGAAUCACUGGAAAAGUAGCACCACGUAAAAUUAUGUCUUUGUUCAAGAGCAAAAUUAAUUCUCAGGUCACUGUUUACAAAAUAGCUGUUGAGAUGUGGUAUUGGGAAAAAAAACAUUCUUUAAAUAAAAAAUAAAAAACAUGGAUGUAAAUGUGUUAUACUGAGUGGUGUUACAAUUUCCCUUUUUUGGCUGGACCACAACAGCGGGGCCAGCCCUACAAAUGAAAAUGUUUGUGACUGACUGAGUGAGUGAUGAAGUUACACCAUUGGUCAGCUGAGUUAUGAAGUCACACCAUUGAUUGGCCGGAUCACGUGUGUUAGGUUCAGCCAUAUACUAGGUUUUGACCUGGUCUUGUUCAUUCCUAUCAAUGCCAGUUCCCUGGCUGCCAUUUCUAUGGAAUCCUGAGUGUCCUUUUUAAAUCCCUGCUUAUUCAGAUAAUACUACUAUUCACGUCAGAAUUGUAUUCAUCCGGUUAUGAACAGCAAUACUGUGAAUGUUGUGGAUUUACUGUACCUUAACUAUUAUCGGCACAACUGUAAGUAGUAAAUGUGUUGGUAUUUCUUUCAGUCACUUUCAAAAGGGGUUUAUUGUACGUGCAAUGACUACUUAAUUUUAUUCUGAGUGAACUAGCCAUUGUUGCUUGAGAACUUCAAUGCAAAAGCUGGUAUUUUAUUCUGGUUUUUAUUUUCCUGUACAUGGGAUCAUUAUUUACAAGAGCAAUUAAACAGUUUUUCAAACAGAGAAUAUAGCUGGAAAAUAUUUAUUGGUACUAAUCUAGAACAAUAUAUUAAAAUAACUAUAUUUCCUGUGUUGUGUUUUGGCAUAACUUAUUGUGUGGGGGAUAGGCAUCUGAGGAAAAGACAGUAUAUUUCAGGAGAAGAUGCACAGACUGAAGCAGACGACAUCACAGUUGUUGCUCAUUCUACAAUUGAAAAUACACUCGCAACGACUUUAUUAUAGGCAACCAUAAUAAAGGCGCCUGCUAAAAAUGUGAAAACUAGAAAUAGGACAAGAGUUAUUUCGUUGAAUUGUGUAAUCAGGUGUGGUUACAUUGGCGAUCAAGGAAUGAUGAUUUGACCACUUCCGUUUUAUUGUUAUAAAAAGGGAGAUUGGGUUGAUCAGAUACACAAACAAAGAACUGCAAAUCUCCUUUCACCCGUCUCAGUUUUCAGGUAAAUUUAGCAAACUUAAAAUAGGGCAAUGCAACCCUGGUCCUGGAGAGACACAGACUCUUCUGGUUUUCAUUGUUACUCUGCACUCAAUUAAUCAACUAGAGCAGUUCAUUGCUAACAGUUACCUCACUUCACCUGGGUACUUGAAUCUGAACUGGGUGCUGAUUUUAAGGUGA